AAGUGUACCACCUCCAUCCCCAGUGGUUUCCACUCCUAUGGCCCCUGUUCCAAUUUCCCCUGUUCCUAUUUCUUCUGCUCCUACAGUGUCUAGCUGGAAGGUGGAGCGGAGAUUUCGUCUACUGAAGAUUGCUGAUGACCUUAAGGUCGAUGUAGGCAGUUAUAUGCUUACUAGUGAAGCAUUAACUUGGUGGGAGAAUUAUCUGAAGCUACACCAAGGAGAGCCUGAAUUGAGCACCUAUGAUGGCUUUAAAAAGGUGUUCAUGCAAGAGUACAUACCAGAUAGCAAAAGUCAGGUUAGGGAUGAGUUAGCCAAAGCUGAUAAAUUUUUAUGGGGCUUGUAUCCCAAUAUUUAUUUGGUGGUGAAUCAAUUCAAACCCACCACUUAUAAAGAGGCUGCGGACAGAGCAAUAGAUCAAGAGAAGGUUAUGACUAGAGUCCAGUCCUUAGGACAGUACAGUGUUGGGUCAUCCCUUGGGAAGAGAGAAUUUGAUGGGAGCCAUAGGCCCCUUGUCCUUGCACCGCCUAAGUCUGAGAUCAACAAGGGUUCUAAAGGGCCAAGAGCCACCAAGAUUGCGAGCCAAGCAUCAACAGCCCAACGUGCUCGUCCUACUCAGCUUACUUGCCAUGUUUGUGGUAAGGGUUCUACCAAUCAGGGGGCACAGAAACAGAGUACCGGGGUUAGGACAAGAGCCCAGCAGGCGAGAGUGCAGGUGAUGACUCACAAGGAAGCUGCAGCUACCGACAUAAUCAUGGGUACCUUGCCUGUUAACUUUGAUUAUGCACAUGUUUUAUUUGAUUCAGGGGUGAUGACUACUAGGGAGGUGUGUAGGACUGUGGAUAUGUAUAUUGAUGGUAGACAGUUGAGUGCUAGUAUGUUUGUUUUAGAUAUCUCUGAUUUUGAUAUCAUUUUGGGGAUGGAUUGGUUGUCAAAACAUUUUGCCUCUAUAGACUACCAUCGGAAAUGGGCUCAGAAAUAUCUUGUAAAUGGUUGCCAGGGUUUCCUAGUCUCCGUUACAGAUGCUAGUAGUGUGACAUCGAGACUAGAAGACAUACCGGUGGUGCGUGAGUUUUCGGAUUUAUUUCCAGAGGAUCUCCCAGGUUUACCUCCGGAUAGGGAGGUUGAAUUUGCUAUUGACCUUGUUCUUGGCACUGGACCUAUUUCCAAAGCACCAUACUGUAUGGCUCUUGCAGAAUUAAAGGAGUUAAAAGUCCAGCUGGAGGAACUCCUUGAAAAAGGGUUUAUAUGCCCUAGUGUGUCACCUUGGGGAGCUCCAGUGUUGUUCGUUAAGAAGAAGGAUGGGAGCAUAAGGCUAUGCAUUGAUUACUGGGAAUUGAAUAAGGUGACUGUAAAGAACCGGUAUCCCCUUCCUAGAAUUGAUGACUUGUUUGACCAGCUCAAAGGUGCCCAGGUAUUUUCUAAGAUUGAUCUUCAAUCUGACUACCACCAGUUGAAGAUUAAACUAGAUGAUGUGCCAAAGAUUGCCUUCCGUACCCGUUAUGGUCAUUAUGAAUUCAGAGUCAUGCCAUUUGGCUUGACAAAUGCCCCUGCCAGAUUUAUGGAUUUGAUGAAUCGGGUGUUUAGCAAGUACCUAGAUAAGUUUGUGGUUGUCUUCAUUGAUGACAUCUUGAUCUACUUUUCUAGCCAUACUCUUCAUGAAAAGCACUUAAGGAUAGUUCUCGAGACAUUGAGAAGUGAGAGGCUGUUUGCUAAAUUUAAGAAGUGUGAAUUUUGGCUAGAUAAUGUUACAUUCCUAGGUCACGUUGUGACUAAGGAUGGAAUCUCGGUUGAUCCCCAGAAGAUUGAGGUAGUGGUUGAUUGGAAAAGGCCUAAUAGUGUUGCAGAAAUCCGUAGUUUUCUAGGAUUGGCUGGUUAUUACCGCCAAUUUGUGGGGGAUUUCUCUAGAAUUGCUUCGCCAAUGACUCAUCUUAUCAGGAGGGACACCGAGUUUGAGUGGACUCUAGAGUGUGAGAAGAGCUUUUUGACCCUUAAGGAGAAGUUGGUCACUACUCAUGUACUUGCACUUCCAAUCAAUGGGGAAGGAUUCACCGUAUAUAGUGAUGCCUCUAAAAAGGGUUUGGGAUGUGUCUUGAUGCAGAAGGAUAGGGUUAUUGCAUAUGCCUUUCGACAGUUAAAGCCCUAUGAAGAAAAUUACCCCACCCACGAUCUAGAGUUGGCAACUGUAAUAUUUGCACUCAAGAUUUGGAGGCAUUAUUUAUAUGGUGAGACUUGUGAGAUUUUCACAGAUCACAAGAGCCUUAAGUAUAUUUUCACUCAAAAGGAGCUUAAUAUGGGGCAGAGGCGAUUGCUUGAACUUUUGAAGGACUAUGACUUGACCAUUAGCUAUCAUCCAGGCAAAGCCAACAAGGUAGCAGAUGCGUUGAGUAGGAAGUCCUCUGGCACUGCCUCUAGCAUCCUUGCCACUCAUAAGGAGUUACUUGAGGAUCUUGUGAAACUAGAUGUGGAGUUAAGAGUGGAUAGUACUACGGCUUAUCUAGCCGCUCUUAGUGCACAACGAGCAUUAAUAGAUAGAAUUAAACUUGGCCAGCAGAAAUAUCCUUUCUUGCUGUGUGCACCAAGAGAUCAUGCUUUAAGGCGUGAGAUAAUGAGAGAUGCCCAUUAUACUAGCUAUACAAUUCACCCAGGUAGCACCAAGAUGUAUCGCGAUUUGCGUAGUAAAUUUUGGUGGCGGAACAUGAAGAGGGAGAUAGCUAGAUUUGUCUCACAUUGCCUGACUUGCCAAAAAGUCAAGGCUGAACACCAGAGACUUCCUGGGAAAUUGCAGCCUUUACUUAUUCCCCAGUGGAAGUGGGAAAACAUCAGCAUGGACUUUGUGAUCGGCUUACCACUAACCGUAAGGGAUAGAGAUACCAGAUUUUUAUCUCAUUUUUGGACAAGCUUGCAGCAGGCACUUGAUACUCAAUUAAAUUUCAGCACGGCCUUCCAUCCUCAAACUGACGGGCAAUCUGAGAGAACUAUUCAAAUACUUGAGGACAUGUUGAGGGCUUGUGUUCUAGAUUGGAAGGUGGGCAAAAGGAGCAUUUUAGGCCCAGAAUUGGUGCAACAAUGUUCUGAGAUUGUGCAGCUGAUCAAGGAACGCCUUCGUGCUGCACAAAGCAGGCAGAAAAGCUAUGCGGAUAGAAGGAGACGAGACCUUGAGUUUGAAGUUGGUGACCAUGUAUUUUUGAAGGUGUCACCUACUCGAGGUGUCCUCAGGUUUGGCAUCCAGGGAAAAUUGAGUCCGAGGUAUAUUGGACCAUAUCCUAUUUUGGAAAGGAUUGGCGAGGUAGCUUAUAGAUUGGAGUUGCUUGGAAAUUUAGCGGGUGUUUAUGAUGUGUUUCAUGUGUCCUUACUUCGAAAGUAUGUUCUCGACCCGAGUCACAUCAUUAAUCCUGAACCAAUUCAACUCCGGGAGGAUCUCACUUAUGACGAGCACCCAAUCCGCAUUUUAGAUUUCAAGGAGAGGAUAAUGUGGAGAAGGACCAUUCAUUUUGUUAAGGUCCUCUAGGAUAACCAUUCAGUUGAAGAAGCUACUUGGGAGUUGGAAUCCAAGAUGAGGUAGGAACAUCCGCACCUCUUCCAAGGUUGAGGUAUGAGUUUAGGGGACUAAACUCCUUUUUAGGAGGGGUGGAUGUAAUACCCCAAAAAUUUCAAGAACAUUAAAGUUGAGUUAGGGAC